CGGAUCCAUCCAGACGGCACUGCCUGCCCGGGGAGGGCAGAUCGGGAGAGGCGAGUUGGCAAAGGUGCAGCCAGCCAGCCGGCACGCCUCGCCUCGCCUCGCCUCUUCCCGGGCAGGGCUCCUCCAGGCGGCGGCCGCGCUCACCUGCUCCCGCCGUGGGGCAGAGAUCGUGCCCGGCCGGCGCCCCGCUCCCUCUGCAGGCUCCAUCUGCGCGCCUUUGGGCUGCGGCGCAGGAUCGCGGCGGCUGGGCUGGGCUGGGCUGGCCAUGCCGGGGCUCCGCCGCGCCCGGCUGCUCACCCUGCUGCUGCUCGGGGCGCUGCUGAGCGCGGAUCUCUACUUCCACCUCUGGCCCCGAGUGCGGCAGCGCCUGGCCGCGGGCGAGGCGGGCGGCUGCUCCUGCCCCGCGGAGGCCGCGCCCGGCUCCAGGGAGAGCGCGGCGAAGGACGCGGCGGCGGCGGCGGCGGCGGCGAGCAGCCCGGCCGGCCGCUCCAAGCUGCAGAGGCUCUUCGCGCACCCGCUCUACGGCGCCCCCGAGCGGCCGGCCGAGAAGCUGCUGGGUGGCGGGCAGGAGGCGCUGCGCUAUUGCCGCCGGAAAGUGGCCCGCUGGAACAGGAGACACAAGAUGUACAGAGAAGAGCGCAACCUCACCUCAGUCUCAUUGAUGCAGCUCAGACUGGAAGCAAGCUGGCUGCAGUUCCACUUGGGAAUCAGUCGCGAGGCCCUAUAUCCACGGUCCAGCCCUGCUAUUGACCAGCUUCUCCAGGACAUGCUUGAGUUCCACACCAUUAGUGCUGAUUACAGUCAGGACGAGAAAGCAUUGCUGGGUGCUUGUGACUGCUCACAAAUUGUAAAACCCAGUGGCGUACAUUUGAAACUUGUUCUACGGUUUCAAGACUUUGGGAAGGCCAUGUUCAAGCCCAUGAGGCAGAAACGAGAAGAGGAGACUCCAGAAGACUUUUUCUAUUUUGUUGACUUUCAAAGACACAAUGCUGAAAUAGCUGCUUUCCACCUUGACAGAAUCUUGGAUUUCCGUCGUGUCCCUCCGGUGGUUGGGAGAUUGAUUAACAUCACUAAGGAAAUUUUAGAGGUUACCAAGAAUGAAAUCCUACAAAGUGUCUUUUUUGUUUCACCUGCCAGCAAUGUGUGUUUCUUUGCCAAGUGUCCUUACAUGUGCAAGACGGAAUAUGCCGUAUGUGGGAACCCUCAUCUGUUGGAAGGAUCUCUUUCUGCUUUCCUACCAUCCCUCAACUUAGCACCAAGAAUCUCCAUCCCAAACCCAUGGAUCCGAUCAUACACCUUUGCUGGAAAAGAGGAAUGGGAAGUGAACCCACUUUAUUGCAACACAGUGAAGGAGGUGUACCCUUAUAGCAGCGGCAGCCGGCUACUCAAUAUCAUUGACAUGGCAAUAUUUGACUUCUUAAUAGGUAACAUGGACCGUCAUCAUUAUGAGAUGUUCACAAAGUUUGGAGAUGAUGGCUUUUUGCUUCACCUGGACAAUGCAAGAGGGUUUGGAAAACACUCCCAUGAUGAAAUCUCCAUACUGGCUCCACUUAUACAGUGCUGCCUAAUAAAGAAGACAACAUUAUUACGGCUGCAUCUUUUAGCACAGCCAGACUACCGACUGAGUGAUGUCAUGCGGGAGUCCUUGCUCGGGGACCGCCUUACCCCUGUGCUCACAGAACCACACCUUUUGGCAUUGGACAGAAGGUUACAGAUAGUUCUGAAGACUGUGGAGAAAUGCAUAGAGACCAGUGGAGAAGACAUAGUUGUGGCUGACACUAAGCCUUUGGAGAUGCCUGCGUUUGACAGAACAUCACCAUCAAGCUAGAACUCCGGAUAUGAACUUCGUUGAGCAUUCGGAUGCAUCCAGGAAAUCUGGAUCGGCACAGGCAAGGUCUCUGGAAGAUCACAAGAUACUGAGAAGCUAGGACUGUAGAAAGAGCUGUACCUUUGGUAUCAGUUGCUAGCAUACUUUUACUUGACCUUGUCCCCCUCAUCCCCAAUGAUCUUUGUGCCUGCGCUGCAAGUGGCAUCCAAAUCCCAAUUACUAAGUAACUGAAACCAUGGUCCUUGCAUGUUGGUGUGCUUCAUAGGAUCUGUUUCGGUCCCUGUCACCAUGAAGUGCAAUAUUAGACUUCUGGAAGCUUGAAAAAAAGAGGGGAGUAUGCUUAAUGUAUGUGAGCACGCACACACACACCCCUGUCUCAGACUUUGAGAGAGCAUGGGAAGGUAUAACUCGGCAAUGUCCACCUUAGAGAACUGCAGCAGGAAUGAUAGGCCCUGGCUGAAGACAGCGAAAGCUCUCAAGAUACGGGGGGUUUCUCCCAAUUAAGGACAUACAGAGAUUACAAGAGCAACCAAGUUAUUGGGAAUAUCAAUGGACAAGGCAACUUUACGCAGCGAUAUGCUAGUUAAAAAACACACCACAGCACAUCAUAUAUCACACAUUGAUCCUGAAAAGUUCUCAGACUGUGGUUGACACCCAUGUGCCUUCCGGUGGUUUCCAACAUCACAGUAAAAGAGACAAAUGCCAACGAGGGCAUUUCCCCACAGUGUUCAGUUGCGAGUCAUGUACAUUGCAACUGCCAUAUUAAAGAGCCAUCAUCUGAAAGCUUUUCAGUCUCCUCCCUGGAAACCAUAUUGUAAGAACUGAAUUGUAGUAUCUCAAGAGGUAUGUCUCAGUACCACAGAAAAUGUGUACAAUUUUCCCCUACACUCUGUACAUUCAGUUUAGCUGCAUUACGGAAGCUUUUUAAAACAGUCUGUGAUCCAGUGAUCAUAAUUCUACAGAGAACAGUGGCCUGCAAUACAAUGAAGUUUAAGAACCCACAGUCUGGAACAUUUCAAAUAUACACCAAGGAAGCAAAGAUUGCACAUUAAGAGUUUAUGAGAGGGAUUUGUGCAACCUCAGGAUCAAAUAAAGAGAUUAAGCCACAGCACAUUCGUUCCAAAGUGGCCCACAGAGAAAGACGGCAAGGCUGCUAAUAGAAAGCAGUGAAAAUUCGAGUCUGUUUGCUCAGUAAUAAAAUAAUUUAUGUCCAAGCUUGGUUUCUAAAGAGCUUUCUCUACUU